UUAUGAACCCACAAAAUACAUAUAUAUUCGAUGACCUUCACAAAACACCAUUAAUUGAUCAAAUAACCAAAAACAUAUCCAGUCGUGUUCAUAUCGUCUUAAUUGAAAUGUAUCCAAUACCAGAUUGGCCAACUGAAUCGCAAAAUCUCUACGAACGCCUUCAAAAGUCCCAACAUUUAUUAGGCAACUUAGAAAAUGUUGCGUUGAAUUCAAAUUUGGAGCAUAUCUUACAGUUAAGCGAAGAAUUUCCAAUUCCGUUCCCGCUACAAACUGGGAGAUGUAAAACGAUAAAAGAAACUGUAAGUUCGGAGAAAUUAGAACAUUAUAUUAACUCUGUUUACCCAUUAUUACACGAAAACGUAUUACUUUUGUAUUUGGACUUUUUAAUAUUUAAAAAAGAGUAUGGCAGUGACGUUGAGAAAAAGUUAUAUGAAACGAUGACUGUUGCUGAUUUAGUUGAUAGAUUUUUAAAAAUACGAGCAGUGACUUUUAUGGGAAAAUUCGAUGAUUAUCUUCUUCUAAAUGGAACGAAAGGACGUGGUAAUUGGGAAUCCAUUGGAAUUGAAAAUGACGAUCCUGAUAUUAAUCUUGAAAAUUGUUUAAGUUACGAUGAAAUCAAAUUAUCCGCGCUAUUAUCUGUGUCUUCAUAUACUUAUUUCGUAAACAACGGUCAAAGAAGUAAUAAAGGAAUGCUACCAAAAUCCCGAAACAAUAUCCAAAAUGAAGGUGUCAUCAUAGGAUUAAUUGGCGCAAGAUUGCGCAAGAAAAACGUCAUGGAAUACCAGGAGAUAGUGUACAGCAAAGAUCAAAACAAAGAGAAAAACGGUUAUGGUGUAGUUUUUAAACCAAGUUUUGCUGCAGUUAUGGCUAAGUUUUAUGGAAAAGAUUGUUUAACAUAUGGUGAUUUUUUAAAAAGUAAAACUUUAAAAGAACCUGGCUAUUUUAAUGAAAUUUCUAAAGGGGUUUAUUUCGAUAAUAUCACCUAUUCAAAAAGGAUGAUUUUAAGUAUUGAUACUUUGUUAUAUGAGGCGAAUCAUAGAGCAAAAAAUGUUGGUAAAUUUGCAUAUAUUCAUGUAGUUGGAAUUGGACUUGGUGUUUGGAAAUGUUCUGUACAUCAAGAGGAAUUAUUUAUGGAAACGUUUGCUAAAAGAUUAGAAGUAUUAUCCAAACAUCUCCAUUCAAUUUCCGAUAUUCAUUUCGCAUAUUUUUCAACACAAAAUUGCGCCCAAUACACACACGGUUCUAAAAUUCCAUGUGAUUCGCACCCAAAUGGAGGAAUCGUCGUUUAUAUCACAAACCGUGAACCACAUACGAAACUAACUUCUCCACACGAUGAAAAGCUUUUGGUGGUUUCUUAUGCUUGGGAUGGAAACGCUCUUCCAGGAAAUGAAUAUUGGCUGGGAAAAACGUCCUCAACCGGCGAUUCGGCUGCAGCUUCUUCCACUCAAAUCGCAGAAUUACAUAAUCCACAUAUAAAUAAAAACGUUUGCGGUCGAAAUCUUCAUAUAGCUUGCAAAGAUGGAGUCUUACCAUUUAAAACGUAUUUUGAUGAUGUUGUUUCGAAGAAAAAGAAAGGAUUUGGUGAUGAAUUGGGAAAUGUAAUUUAA